CAGGUUAAAGUGGGGGGGAAAAAUCCAAACCCAGAAACAUCAUUGACUGGAUUGUUUUUUUUUCAACAUGAAUCGUGCUUUUAGCCGGAAGAAAGACAAAACAUGGAUGCACACUCCUGAAGCCUUAUCAAAGCAUUAUAUUCCCUAUAAUGCGAAGUUUCUUGGCAGUACAGAAGUGGAGCAGCCCAAAGGCACAGAAGUUGUAAGAGAUGCUGUUAGAAAAUUAAAGUUUGCAAGACAUAUCAAGAAAUCUGAAGGCCAGAAGACACCCAAAGUUGAAUUACAAAUCUCAAUCUAUGGUGUAAAAAUUCUAGAUCCAAAAACAAAGGAAGUCCAGCACAACUGUCAGCUCCAUAGGAUAUCGUUUUGUGCUGAUGAUAAAACUGACAAGAGAAUAUUUACUUUCAUAUGCAAAGACUCAGAAUCAAAUAAGCAUCUGUGCUAUGUAUUUGACAGUGAAAAGUGUGCGGAAGAGAUAACUUUAACAAUUGGUCAAGCAUUUGACUUAGCUUACAGGAAAUUUCUGGAAUCUGGAGGAAAGGAUGUUGAAACAAGGAAACAAAUUGCAGGUUUACAGAAAAGAAUUCAGGAAUUAGAAACUGAAAACACAGAACUGAAAAAUAAAGUUCAAGAUUUGGAAAACCAGUUAAGAAUAACACAAGUACAUGCAUCUCCACUGCUGCACAUAAAGUGUGAUAAUGAUGAACAUAUGUUUCAAAGACCCUCUACUUUUUUCUGGUGUAACAAUGAGGAUUCACCUCCUUGUUUAGAUAUUUCUUCCAUUACGCUUACUCCUAGGAGUUCUCCUGACUCUAGACUCCCAUCUGGAUUGUUAAUACCACCACCUUCAAAAAGUGGUCUUCCAAAGCCAACCAGCGAAUACAGCUGCCCAAGACCUCAUGCAGGCAGUGUGACACCCAAAUCACCCUCCACUGACAUCUUUGAUAUGGUUCCCUUUUCUCCCAUAUCCCCUCAGUCAUCAACACCUACUCGCAAUGGUACACAGCCUCCUCCAGUACCCAGUAGAUCUACAGAGAUCAAGAGAGACCUUUUUGGAGCAGAACCUUUUGACCCUUUUAGCUGCGGAGCAGGAGAUUUCCCUCCAGACAUUCAGUCCAAACUAGAUGAGAUGCAG